AUGGCAUCGGCUUUGAAAGAAUCCGUCCCGCGGGACAAAUGGUGGAAAAUCAAAUGGUUUUCUGACGAUGACACCCCGGAGGAGCGCCGUCUCAUCACCAAAAUCGACAUGUUCCUGGUCCCGUACUCUGUCCUAGGGUAUUGGGUCAAGUACAUCGACCAGUCUAACUUGAACAAUGCCUAUGUGGCCGGUAUGAAAGAAGAUCUUGGGUUCUACGGCAACGAGCUCUAUCUGGUGCCAAUCUGCGACGUACUGUGGGGAGUGUUCACUCUUCUUCAGUAUCGCGUCACCUCUUACGCAGAGUUGGCGGCGUAUCGUUUCAUGGUCGGCUGGUUUGAAGCCGCCUUCUUCCCCGCUAUGCACUACGUUUUCGGUUCCUGGUAUAGAGGCCACGAGAUUGCUCGCCGUGGUGGCAUUUUCUACACAGGCUUAGCUGCCGGCACUCUGACUUCAGGCUUGAUCCAAGCGGGCGCAUCAACUUCUUUGGAGGGAGUUCGCGGUGAGAUCACGUUUACGAAACUUAGAGCCACUUGA